AUGGACGACUCGCUAGAACCAGCGCCUAUUCAGGCCAUGCCAGACAACCCCAGGAAGCGCGCCGCCAGCAGACCUCCCUCGAUCUCUCCAUCAGAGGCCCAGCAGUUGAAGAAAGCUUGCUAUGAAGUCGUUUAUCAGAACAUCAACGACCAUGUCAUGUUUCAACCGUCUCCUAUUCGGAGUGUUCGUCCAUCCUUUGCUCUUCUUGAGUAUAUAAAGGAGACUCGACCUCGUCCUUCAUACCUGGAAAAGAUCGGUAACUGGCUCGACGAUAUUUAUCCUCAAGAUUUACGCAAGAUAUCACGCUCAGACUGCUUCAUUCAAGACAGAGACUUGGAACCCAUAGUAGAAAGAUCUCAUUCUGCUCCAGCCAUUAUGGCAGGUAGAAAAAGCCGAACCGGUCAAACUGUCACAUUUGACCUGGCGUUUUCUCCCAAAUCCUCCCUCAAGCGCUCGUCUCCUGGAUUCACUUCUAAAGAAGGGGGUCCGUCUAUUGACCCGACGCCUACUAUUUACCCAACAGGCACAGGCACGCCCAAUCGAUCCAACGGGCCUCUCGUAGAGAGUGCCCUCUACAGAGACUGUAACCUUGCACUCAACAACAUCCUCUUACUCGACUCUCGAACUGAACUCCCGCCUCAUAUCUCAGCACUUGUCGAAUCCUUCCAGAAAGGCCGAUCAUCUCCUGAGCCUAUCCCCCAGGAUAAUGAUGAUCUCUAUGCCUUGGAGGCUGGUGCCAGUGAACCAAAAGUUGAGGAAUUUGUUCGCAACAACAUCAUCCCCCCGAGUUCUAGCACAGAUAAGAUCCAGCGCAGCGAUCGCGUCUUUGUCGGCAGGGCCGUUAUUCCCAUCACCAAUCCAUACGCGAGAAUCAGCAUUCCUGUUCCCGAUCUCCUAUAUGGGUACCGCUUCUCUGCUUUCGAACACGACCAGCAAAUUCAGAUCGCAACAUGUGGUAACUUUGCGUUCGCAAACAGCGAGGGCCUCACGUUUCCCUUCUUUACAGUCGAGUUCAAAGGCGACGGACCAUCCAGCAAAGAUAUCGAACGCAGAGGACCACUUGAUAGCAUGAGCUUCAGUGUUGCCAUGAAUGGAACUGAAGCUCGAUUGCAUGUCUCGUGGAAGGAUGGAGACUUCAUACAUAUGCAAAAGAUUAAGACCUUCAUCCUCCAGCGACCUGAAGAGUUUCUCGAGUUUCGGAGGUUCGUCCGAAAUAUCAUCGAUUGGGGGCGGGAUGAACGCUUGGAGUGCAUAAAGUCCAGUCUUGAUGUUUUGGUCGAGGAGAGCGAGCUGGCGCCACUGAAGAACAUGCUUUCUCGUCCCAGGUCCAAGUCUGGAGGUAGUUCAAUUCGAUCAAAACCAUACUAG